AUAGUUGCCUAUUUCCUACAGUCCAGUGUGAGCAAGUGUACAUGGGAAAAAAGAGAGAGGGAGGGCGAGAGUGACUGAACAGACGAAAGCUCGAUCGGGAGUGAGACAAGAAGAGAGAGUUGUUUUAUUUUUUUUAAAUAAAAAGUGACAAUGGCCGUAUCGGCAGCUCCUCCUGUGCACUCACCCAACUCCGCUCCGGGAUCCGGGGGUCUGUUCCGCUCCGAACCGAUGUACUCCAGACCGACCGAAAACACGAGACUGACCAACAGCAUGAUCAACACAUUCAUCGCCACUGGUGGUGGAGGAGGUGGAGGAGGUGGCGGCGGCGGCGGCGGAGGGGGCAACGGGAACGGCGCCGGCGUUAGUAACGACUGUAAAAUGGUGGAGGUCCAUGGGGUCAAAGUAGCCUCCUUUAAUAUGGACGGACAGGAGCUGAUCUGCCUACCCCAGGUUUUCGAUCUGUUUCUCAAACACCUCGUCGGAGGGCUUCACACGGUCUACACUAAGCUCAAGCGCCUGGAUAUAUGCCCGGUGGUGUGCACCGUGGAGCAGGUCCGAAUUCUGCGGGGACUCGGCGCCAUUCAGCCCGGGGUGAAUCGCUGCAAACUCAUCAGUCGAAGUGACUUCGAGGCGCUUUACAACGACUGCACCAAUGCCAGCUCCAGGCCCGGCCGUCCGCCUAAGCGCUCCCUUGGGGUCGCCAUGCAGGACAGCUCCAGGCUUCUGCCCCACGGCAUCCACGGCCUGCUCUCCCCGGGCCUCCUCUCCCACACAGGUCUCACGGCGAUGGCGGAGGCGAUGAAGCUGCAGAAGAGGAAGCUGAUGGCCAUGAGCAGCCUGCAGGGGGGCGGCUGCCAGAACGGCACCGAGUCGGAGAACGAGGAGCUGAACUCGAACGCGGGGGGCAGCGAGUCCUCCUGGGAUAAGGACAAGCUUCAGUCCCCGCCCCCCAGCGCCGGCCCGCACAGCCUGAGCCACACGGGCCUCUCAGCCCAGCACGGUCUGACCAGCUCCCAGCUCAGCUCCCUGCAGCAGAGCCACCUGCUGGCUAACCGACUGGACCUGCCAUUCAUGAUGAUGCCCCACCCGCUGCUCCCCGUCAGCCUGCCUCCCGCCUCCGUCGCCAUGGCGAUGAACCAGAUGAACCACCUGAACACCAUCGCCAACAUGGCGGCCGCCGCACAGAUGCACAGCCCCCUGUCUCGGGGGGGGGCCUCCGUCAUCAAGGAGUGUGUCCAGGACAGCCCCUCCCCUGCCCCCUCCAUGGAGGACCCCGCGCUCCUGCUAUCCCAGCCUCCCUCUCACCCCGACACCAGCGCCUCCAGCUCCCCCGCCCCACACCAGCAUAGCCCCGAGCACAUGGGACUGAACAUACUGGAUGGGGAUCUGGGUGGCCAAGAUGUCAGCGUUCACAUGAAGAAGACCUUUAAAGAGAAAGACGACACCCAGCUGGCGCUGCACAUGAUGAGGCCCGGGUUCGAGAAGCUGUCGGGACAGGGCCUGCCCCCCGGUUUCCCCGCCCCUUUCCUGUUCGCCGACGGCCUCUCCUCCGUGGAAACGCUCCUCACCAACAUCCAGGGCCUCCUGAAGGUGGCGGUUGAUAACACGCGUGUUCAGGACAAACAGAUCCAGCAGGAGAAGAAGGAGCUGAAGAUGGAGCUGUACAGAGAGAGGGAGAUGAGGGAGAGCCUGGAGAGACAGCUCACCUCUGAGCUACAGAGCAGAGCCUCCAUCCAGAAGCGGCUGAAGAAGGAGAAGAAGGCCAAGAGGAAACUGCAGGAGGCGCUGGAGUUCGAGUCCAAGCGGCGGGAGCAGGUGGAGCAGGCGCUGAAGCAGGCCACCUCCCCCGACACGCUCCGCAUGAGCCUCAACGAGGCCGUGAUUCCGGAGGUGGAGACGGAGCAGAACGGGAACCAGCAGGAGAACUCAGCCAUACAAGAAAACAGAGGAUACAUGAAGACACCUAUAAUGUACUAAUAAACACACACUCCCCCCCACUCGCCCCGCCCCCACCACUCUGAUUGGACGGAGAGGUCGCCCCGGUAACAGCAUCUUGUAUUGGUUGGUUGCUUGGCUCCUCAAUCCCUUCAGCUGAUGCUCAUCUCCAGGACAUUGGGUGGGGCUGGGUUGGCAUGGGGGGGGUACGACCAAUUUGACCCCCCGUUCCCCAAAAGGGAGAGAGAAGGUACAGCAUUCCUCGGUGGUACUCAACCUUUUCCCUCAUCGCAAUGACAACUUGUAAAAAAAAAAAAAAAAAAGAUUUUCUUUUUCUCUUUUUGACUAUUCCUUUCCUACUACUGUUUAUUUUAUUUUUGUUGUUGCUGAGAUUUAAAAAGUAAAAGGAGGUUUCUUGUUGCGUGUUCUCACCGUUAUUUUUAUUAUUUUUAUUUUUAAUGUUUAUUUAUUCCCUCCUCUCUCCUGGUUUCGAGAUCCUUCACAGCUCCACACGCCCGUAGGGGACAGUGUUUCUUUGUGAUGCAGGUAAACAUGAAAAAACCCGAAAGGAAAAGUAAUGUACAAACUUCUUUUUUUAUUUUAUUUUAUUUUAUUUUAUUUUUAAAAGGACAACGUGCAUUUCAUGAACUCUCAAACAGUUUGGUUUCUCUGCCUUUCGAAGGGACUGACACAGAGGAAUCUUCGGGAUUUUUUUCACAGUCUCAUUUCUGUUCCGUUUCCUUUUUCUUUACUUUUUGGAAAAUGAUGUAGAAUAAAGAUGUCUGUCCUACCAAUGGCUGAUUGAGGCAAUAAUAACCCCCCACCCCCUCAUUCUCGCCUGCUAAUCCCCACACCCCAGUUCACCCCACACCCCCCCACCCCAAACCCGAAAUCUGCUUCUUUCACACUACUGUGGUGAACCCUUUUCAUGACCUUACUUUAUUUGUUUUCUGUGUUUUUUUUUUGUUUUUUUUUUUUGUCAAAAGUUCAGUUUGAAGGAAUGUUGACUCGUAUCUAGUAGACUCCCCCAGCAAAGUUUUCUCAGUUGUACUGUAUUCAGUUUGAAAUUAUUUGUUGAACGGUUCUUGCAAAAAAAGAAAAAAAAGAAAUACAGUAUUAAAAUAAUCA